GCAUCACAUGAAUUGACUGUCAACAUGCAAGAUGGCCACGCAUCACAGGCAAAAUGCUGCUGGGCGGAGAAAAGUACAGGUGUCCUAUGUCAUUAGAGACGAGGUGGAGAAGUACAAUCGCAAUGGGGUGAACGCACUCCAGCUCGACCCUGCGUUGAACCGGCUCUUCACCGCUGGAAGAGACUCCAUCAUCCGGAUAUGGAGUGUCUACCAGCAUAAACAGGACCCAUACAUUGCCUCGAUGGAGCAUCACACUGACUGGGUUAAUGACAUAGUUCUCUGUUGCAACGGCAAAACAUUGAUAUCUGCCUCCUCGGAUACAACAGUCAAAGUAUGGAACGCGCAUAAAGGCUUCUGUAUGUCGACGUUACGGACACACAAGGACUAUGUGAAAGCUCUGGCAUACGCUAAGGACAAGGAGCUUGUGGCAUCCGCAGGUCUCGAUCGGCAGAUCUUUCUUUGGGACGUGAACACACUAACGGCACUCACUGCUUCCAACAACACUGUAACCACCUCGUCACUCAGUGGGAACAAGGACUCUAUCUACAGUCUUGCUAUGAACCAGAUGGGUACGGUCAUCGUAUCUGGAUCAACAGAAAAGGUCCUGAGAGUGUGGGAUCCCCGAACAUGUGCUAAACUGAUGAAGCUAAAAGGUCACACAGACAAUGUAAAGUCGUUGCUGCUGAACCGAGAUGGCACUCAAUGCCUGUCCGGCAGUUCAGACGGGACCAUCCGCCUGUGGUCUCUGGGCCAGCAGAGGUGCAUCGCCACAUAUCGGGUGCACGACGAGGGGGUCUGGGCCCUGCAGGUCAACGAGGCCUUUACACACGUCUACUCGGGAGGCAGGGACAAAAAGAUCUACUGCACUGACCUGCGUAACCCAGACAUCCGUGUGCUGAUCUGCGAGGAGAAGGCCCCUGUGCUCAAAAUGGAACUGGACAGAUCUGCUGACCCACCUCCAGCAAUCUGGGUUUCCACCACCAAGUCAUCCGUUAAUAAAUGGUCUCUAAAGGGGAUGCACAACUUCCGGUCAUCAGGGGAGUAUGACAACGACUGCACUACCCCUCUGACGCCACUGUGCACUCAGCCGGAGCAAGUCAUCAAGGGAGGUGCCAGUAUCAUACAGUGCCACAUUCUGAACGACAAGAGACACAUACUCACCAAAGAUACAAACAACAAUGUGGCUUUCUGGGAUGUCCUGAAGGCUUGCAAAGGUGAAGACUUGGGGAAAGUGGAGUUCGAUGAAGAGAUUAAAAAGCGCUUCAAGAUGGUUUAUGUGCCAAACUGGUUCUCCGUUGAUCUUAAAACUGGGAUGCUCACGAUCACUUUGGACGAGAGCGACUGCUUCGCUGCCUGGGUGUCUGCAAAGGACGCUGGCUUUUCAAGCUCUGAUGGAUCCGACCCUAAGCUGAACCUGGGCGGACUGCUGCUCCAGGCUCUGCUGGAGUUCUGGCCCAGAACUCGCAUCAACCCCAUGGACGAGGAGGAGAACGAGGGGAACCAAGUGAACGGAGAGCAGGAGAACAGGGUCCAGAAAGGAAAUGGAUAUUUCCAAGUGCCACCACACACGCCAGUCAUCUUUGGGGAAGCCGGAGGCAGAACUUUAUUUAGGCUGCUGUGUAGAGAUUCAGGUGGAGAGACUGAAUCGAUGCUGCUGAACGAGACCGUUCCACAGUGGGUUAUUGAUAUAACUGUAGAUAAAAACAUGCCCAAGUUCAACAAAAUCCCGUUCUACCUCCAGCCCCAUUCUUCCUCUGGUGCAAAAACUCUGAAGAAGGAUCGUCUCUCGGCCAGCGACAUGCUCCAGGUGAGGAAGGUGAUGGAGCACGUUUACGAGAAGAUCAUCAACCUGGACAACGAGUCGCAGACCACCAGCUCCUCGGCCAACGAUAAGCCGGGGGAGCAGGAGAAGGAGGAGGACAUGGCCAUGCUCGCCGAGGAGAAGAUCGAACUAAUGUGUCAAGACCAGGUUCUGGAUCCCAACAUGGACCUGCGAACAGUUAAACAUUUUAUCUGGAAGAGCGGAGGGGACUUGACGCUUCACUAUAGGCAGAAGUCCACGUGAAAAUCCUCAUUUUUAAAACAGGAACUCUUCGUCAUUUGCCAAUCACCACCCACCUCUGACAUGUAGUACCCUAAACCCCAUUGUGUGGUCAAGAGUUGCAGUAUCAGUGAGAAUCCAGUAUAAAUUGUGAGGACUACGACCAGAACAGGCCGGAGCAGCCAAGAGACACCUGGAAGAGAAGUGGUCCGUAGUUUCUUUUUCAGAUUGAAGAAAAGACUCUUUUCUCCAGAGCUCACCACUUUUUCUUUUUUACUUUCACUGCUGUUUGUUCUUUUCUUCUGAUUGGUGUUUAAUUUUGAAGCAACAGAAGUUACAGUACAUGUUUGUGUCUGAGAGCGCACGCACACGUGGAUGUAGUAGACUGUCUGUUUGUUCUAGUACAUUCCAGAAACUGUCCGUGUUCUCCAGCCGUCUCAGAGCAGCAGCACUUGGUCUGUGGGCAGCGUCACCGCCCCUCAAACGCAUCCUCUGUUCUGCUGUCACCUUAACUUGAACUUAACUUAGACAUCUAAUUAUUGCAGAGCUUGAACCUCAUUGAUAGAAACACUUGUCUUUGUCAUUUAUUUUUAGCUGUGCAGUCGUCGAUGAAUGUUCUUUGUGUUUGUAAAUAUGUACAACAUUUUAUGAUUUAAGUGGCUUUGUUUUUCUUUUGCAGCUGUUUUCUUUUUUUUUUGUACAGUUUAUUUCAAAACCAACACUUGUUUUUUUUCCUCCCCAAAUCCCUAGAGCACAUUCAUGGUCAUAAAGGUAAUUUGACUUGGAUGUUAAAUAUUGCAUUUGUUGUAUUCACUACAACCCAGAAGUUUUACUCUUAAGAAUGUUAUUGUAGUUGUCCAAGUCAUUUUAGCAAUCAGAAAAUUAUAUAUAUAUAAAGGUAUAUAUCUUUUAAUAAUAAAUCAUGCUUACCCGCACUAUGCUUCGGUCAUGACCGGUGAAGUUGAUGACAGUAGGGGCUGUUCCUAAUGUAUAUUUCAUUUAGAUUUAAUAGUUAAAUGAAACAUGAAUUAAAAAGGGGGAAUCUCCUCUGAGAGAAAUUCUACAUUCACCAAAGUCAAACAGGAACACCCAUUUCUCUCUUGGUGUGGCACCAAGCUGAACAACAAAUCUUUUCAUUGUAAAUUUUACGCAGUUAAUUUUGCCAUGAAGAGUGAGUAACGCCAUAGGGGACGCAUCGAGUGAGCUCAAAUUGGCCAAAAACAAGAUGGGUACCAUAACACUGCACUAUCCCUUGUUGUAAUUUGUGAAAUAUGUAUAUUUUAGGCAUUCAAACAAAUAAAUUGGAAUGGUUUAACAAUGA